AGCCGCGCUCCCCCGCCGCGCCGCUCUCGGCCGCGGGGCAGCGCGGCCCCGCCGCGCUCGGGGACCAUGGGAUGCUGCACCGGGCGCUGCACCUUGAUCUUCCUCUGCACUUUGCAGCUGCUUGCGGCAUUAGAGAGGCAAGUGUUCGACUUCCUGGGAUACCAGUGGGCUCCUAUUCUAGCCAACUUCCUCCACAUCAUCAUUGUUAUCCUUGGCCUGUUUGGCACUAUUCAAUAUAGACCUCGCUACAUAGUAGUGUAUGCCAUCUGGACUGCAAUUUGGGUCACCUGGAACAUCUUCAUCAUCUGCUUUUACUUAGAAGUGGGAGGACUCUCAAAGGACAGUGAACUCUUGACGUUUAAUAUUUCCCGGCACCAGUCGUGGUGGAGUGAAAAUGGCCCUGGCUGUGUAAGGAAGGAGGCUUCGAUGUCUGGCCUCAAGGGCUUGGACAGCCAUUCCUACAUCUCUGUGAUAGGCUGCGCCCUGGAGUAUCGCUACAUCGAGGUCAUGCACAGCUCCUUCCAGAUCCUGAUCGCGCUCUUGGGCUUUGUCUAUGCCUGUUACGUUGUUAGUGUUUUUACAGAAGAAGAAGACAGCUUUGAUUUCAUUGGUGGAUUUGAUCCAUUUCCUCUCUACCAUGUCAAUGAAAAGCCCACCAACCUUUUGUUCAAGCAGACAUACCUGUAGACUUUUUUCCCAAACAAACAAUUUGCUGAACAUCAACAUGAAUUUGCAAACUCUUUUGGUCAACCUGAAGCUGCAUGCUUAUGAGGCCUGCAUAAAUAAGGAGGAUGCAGAGAAUGGAUAAAGCUUGCACUCCACCAUCAAAGGUGCUGCAGGAAACAAUCCUUGCAGCCUGGAUCUGAGGCAGAGGAAAUGCAGAAUGGUGAACUCAAUUCCAUUUUUUGUUUCUUGUUUUCUUUUCAAAUGCAAUGAAUGUACAUUGAAGAACAGCCACAUGGUUUGUCUUUAAGAUCUGUGGGUGCCCUGACAAACCAUGCCUAUCACAGUCUGAUCAUUCUAGCCAACAAGUGGCAUGGGCCUGAAGGCUGAGGCAGAACAAGCCCGCUGGAAGCCUCUCUCAAGGGACACAGUUCAAGUAGGAGCUGCUUCCUUCCGCCAUGGAUCCAUAAAGGAGGAAGUGCUGCAUAUCACCCUGGGACACUUCAGAAGUUCUGCAGUUAGUUUCUUCACCUUUCCUUUCUCCUUAUUCUGAAAUGAGCCUAUAUCCCCUAACACAACCUCAUCUCCUCCCUGCCUGUAUAAUACUAGGUGGGGGCUAUUUACAUUUCAGGGGUUCUUUUUAAUGCCCUCCACAUCUUUGUUUCUUUUCUAAGUUAUAGUCAAACGCUCUUCCUUUUUUUUUUUUUUUUUAAUGGUUUCUCUCAUCCAACAUUCUCUUCCUCAUUCUCUAAUCAUUAUAAGUGAUGGACUCCUCAGCAAGAGGAAUUUGUCCUGGAUUUCGGUGAUCUGUGUGUGACCUAACUGCUACAACACUGAACCGCUAAAAUCUAGUAUGAGCACCAGAUCUUCACUCAGCAUGGAGCUUAGCCUCCUUUCAACAUGCCAAGCCAACCUCAAAGUAGCUGUAACUUACUCUGAGUUUGCUCAUUUACAUUAACUUAACAUUGAUGUAGCCAUAUACACGACUGAUACCUGCAGCAGGACAUUGGAAAAUGCCUAGUUCUUCAUGGAUCAUAGACCUGUUGUACCUGCUUUCCUCAUCAGGCAGCCACACUUAUUCCAUAUGCAGGCCUGACAACACCCUUCUGGAAGGUUUGGUUUUUUUUGUUUUUUUUUUUGUUUUUUUUUUUUUUAAAGGAUAAUUUAGAGGAAAGGCGCAAACAAGGAAUAAGUGUAAUUAAGUUGCAUUAAUGAGCAGCAGUAAUUAAUUGGGGGAAAAAGAAAACAUACCAGUUCUGAUAGCCACAUCUCCCAGCAUAUAAGUGACAAGUGGGAAAAGAACAUUUGUACAGCCAUCUCUGUUACUCUUUGGCUGGUAUAUUCUGAAGUGCUGUUGUAAUUCUUUGUCUUGCCUAAUCAGUUUAAGAUUAUUUGGGAUUUUUGAACAAUGCUUUUCAGAAGAGUCAGGCCUGAAGCCAUACCGGGGAAGCAAAGUGUGAGGGAAGGAUUAAAGAAAUAAAAACAUUAAGUGCUUAAGUCAACGAC